AUGGCUGCGCCGUACUCUCCGGCACGCGUGUAAACACUCGUGAGAAUUAACCAAGAAAAACUAUAAAUGAAUCAUUUGGAGCGCGCGGCGGCUUCCGAAUACAUUUAACUUGAAGACAAACAACGAAGCCAAGAUGAAGAUCAAGUCCAAGUCUGCGUAUCAUAAAUCCGAGAACACUUUCAAGUUUCUCACUUUUGCCGAAAGGCUUUCUAAUGUCAACAUUAACGUCACCCACCGAAUUGACAGAACUGGAUCCUAUGCAGAGGAAGUCGAAACUUAUUUCUUCGAAGGCCUGACAAAAUGGAAAGACCUCAACUUGACAGAAAACUUCACUACGUUCUUAAAGGAGGUCACAAACAAGUGUCAGUCGUUCAACCUGCUAGUUUUCCAUCAGAAGUCUAUUGUGGAGAGUCUGAAGAAACAUCUGACAAUCAAGAGCAGUCUGGCCUACCAACCUUUGCUAGACCUGGUGGUGCGGUUGGCCCGAGACCUACAAACGGACUUCUACCCUCACUUCCCGGAUUUCUUCACGCUAAUCACCGCAAUGUUGGAUACUCAAGACACAGAGGUCCUGGAAUGGGUUUUUACAUGCCUCUCCUACCUGUACAAGUACCUAUGGAGGUUGAUGGUGAAAGACAUGGACAACAUCUACAGUUUGUACAGCACGCUUUUGGAGCACAAGAAGGAGCAUAUCCGCAGGUUCGCGGCGGAGAGUUUUGCAUUUCUGAUGAGAAAGGUUCCGGAUCUGGACGCCUUGCUGACUGUGGUGUUCUCAGACUUGGAGCAGAACCCGGACAAGGCGGAAGGCGCCGGCCAGCUGCUGUUUGAGAUGUGCAAAGGCGUCCGGCACAUGUUUCACUCCUGCGCUGCAACCGCGCUCCCGACUGCUUGGCGGAAGAUCGGGGCAACAACCAAUCAGGGGGCUCCUUUACCGUGGGACCUCGUGCAGGACGCCUUAGAUCACACGGCUCAAACUGCAGCCAAUCAUGUGGACAAAGAGCACUUCUUGGUUUUUUGGGAGUCCCUCCAGGCUGCCGUGGACGAGGUUUUCAGUCUUUUGGAAGCCAAAGGAGAAGAGGCUGGAGAGCAGCUCCAAAGGCUGCUGUAUGUCCUCCACACUGUGGUGUCUCACAAGGAUGGAGCUAAGAUCACAAAGCCGGAGGCCGUCUGCCAGACCGUAUUGCGCCUGGUGCAGAGCUCGGAGCUUUCCACGCCCAAUUCGCGACUGCUCCUCCAAAUCAUCUCCUCCUUGCUCCUCGGGGAGAACGUCAAACUCCCCGAUGCUCUCGUCCAGGAGAUCAUCCACAAGGUGUUUGACAGCUCUUUGGGAGAAGAUCUCAUUUUGGAGUUCACCAAGGAGAUGUUCACCAUGAAGCAGUUUGAGCAACUCUUCCUGCCCACCCUCCUGCGCUUCAGCGCCGGCUUGUUUGCCUGCGGCGAUCCCGUGUCCCGCCAUCGGGCCCUGGAUGUUCUCGUCAACCUGAUCCUGGCCAAAGCCCCGCCCCCUAGCGACGGCGCCAUGGCAUUGGAGACCUACCCGCUGCUCUUCACGGGACAGACCGCCGGCCUGUUCAGUAAACAAGGAGAACCAGAGCAGCGAGCAGUACCCGAGCUGGUGCUGUCACUCAUCGCUUUGCCUGAGCAGCAGAACGGGCCCAUCGCCGAUCUGUCGCUACCUUGGAGCGCACUCGUACUGCUGCCGCACCUCAGGCCUCUUGUUCCAGCUAAUGUCUUCCCUGCCGUCACUGCCUUUUUAAACCACCUUCUUGGUGAAAUUGAGAUGGAAAAGCUGGGAAAAGCUGCUUUGUUUGUCGCCACGCAAGCGCUAAGCUGCCUCCUCACGCUGGAUGGCUCCGCUCAGCUGCUCUCUCUGGUCCCUGUGGAGAAAAUCACCGCCAUCCUGAGGAAAUUCCCCACCGAGUUGUCAGCGCUGCUUUUAGGAGACCUCUAUUACACCCGCCUGUCUUUGAGCGGCGCUUCCGAGCACCUCUCCCAUGACGCGCUUUUAGACCUUUACCAGAUCCUGCACGGCAACGUGUCCUCCAACGUAUCCAAGAUGCGUCUGCUGACUCUGCGGAUCCUUUCGCUCUUUGAGCCAAACCUUCCUGCCUCGGGCGAGCCCGACGAGAGCGCGGAGGUGCAGCCGGUGUUCGCCGUGUGCCUGCAGGCCGAGCUGGUGGCCGCCUCCCUUCAGGAUUACCGGGAAAAGUUGCUGCACUUGCGCAAGCUCCGGCACGACCUCGUGCAGCGCAGCUUGCCGCAAGGCCCGCCCGGCACCUUUCAACAGGUGCCUCUUCGUUACCUCUUAGCAAUGCUGUUUGUCAACUUCAAGCCGCUGUGGGAUGCUGUCAUUGAGCUGCUUGGGAGCCACGCCAAGGGGAUGGAUAAUAAAAAUUUCUGGAUGGUGUACCAUGAGCAUCUGGAGAAGGUGGCAGGAUUAGCCGAAAAAGAACUACAGGAGAGCAGCAGCGACGACGACGACGAAGCGCAAGACACGGACAUCCAGGCCGGGCCGGGUUGCGACGUCAUCGAAAGCGGCGAAUUGGGCGUGCUGUUCCUCCAGCAGCUCAAGUCCGCCACGGAGCCGAACGAGAGGACGGACUUUUCCAACUUCCGCGGCUUGAUGUGGCGCGCCAUGACCCAGUUUCCAGACAGGGUAGAGCCACGGAGCCGGGAGCUAACCCCUCUGCUCCUGAGGUUCAUCAAGAACGAGUUUUACCUGGCUGACAUGCUGAUGGCACCGACUCAGGACCUGAGGAAAAAGGACAAUGUCCCAGAGGCGGGCACAAUGACCGCGGAGGACGAAGGGGAGGAAGAAGAGGAAGAGGAGAGAGGCAAACGACAGACGAUAACGCCACCGCGGAGAGCAGCUGCAAAACAACUUAUCGCCCACCUGAACGUUUUUGCCAAAUUCACCAACCCUCGCUCGCUCUUCAUGGAGAGCAGUCUGAGAGAGCUCUACCACCAACUCCUCUGCCAUCAGGACCAGCAAAUCCAGCGAGCGGCCCUCCAGUGUGUUCUUACAUACAAAGACCCCUACGCAGUCCCGUACAAGGAGAAUCUGGAGAAGCUGUUAGACGACAAGCAUUUCAAAGAAGAAAUUGUCCAUUUUAAUAUUUCCGAGGAGACGGGAGUCGUGGAUGCUUCACACAGAGCCGGACUCAUUCCGUUACUCAUGAGGAUCUUGUUCGGCCGUCUGCGGAGUAAAGGCAGCAGCCGCUUCCAGAGCAAGGCCAGCGCCUCCACGCGCUCGUCCAUCAUCUUGCGCUUCCUCGCCGGAUGCCAGGAGGCGGAGCUUGGCAUGUUCGUGGAUCUUCUACUGGAGCCCGUCCGCCAUUACAGCAACGGUUCCUGUCGGGACGCGGUCCAACGAGCGAUGGAAGAGAUGGACGUGGGCGCCGUGCUGCCGCUGGGUCGCCAGCACAGCUUGCUGAACAUCAUCAACGUGGUCAUCCAGAAGCUGGGCCACCUCAUCGAAGUCCACCUACCCAAAGUGUUGCAGAUCCUUCUGUGCGUCACCGCUUCCGUGUCGGUCGCGUUGGACAUCAGGGAACAGCUGCGGCCAGGUUGCAUCAGUCCUCUGAAGAACCUGAGGCGUCUCGGCAUCCUGAGGAUCCAGGACUUUUUCGAGAACUUUGACACGUUUAGCUUCAGCGCCGAUCAGCUGGAUGGCGUCUUCAUGGCUGUUGUGUGGCCUCAGGUGCAUCGCCUCCCAACUGAGAGUCCAUACUCGCCCACGCCGCUCCUGAAGCUCAUCCAUGUGUGGUGCAAACACGCCAGGUACUUUCCACUUUUGUCCAAGCAGCGGCCCGACCACCCGGAGUGCGACGUUCUCCUGAACGUGUUCGGUCUCCUCUCGGCCAAGAACAUCUCCAUCGCCACCAUCUCUGUCGUCAUGGACAUCGCCGACUCCCUGGCGACCACGCAGGACUUUGUCGCCACGGAGACGGAGGCUGAGCUGAGCGUGGGCGGCAGCGUGUUCCCGCAACUUGACGAAGGCACCCUGGCUGCAGCGUCGUUGACGCAGGGCUCCAGGCUCUUGCUACCUCACAUCACCACCCUGCUGGACUACCUCAGCCGCGUGGUCCGCAACACCGACAGGCUCAAGAAGAAGAAAUUACGUCCACACGUGUCCAAGGAACUCAACAUCCUCUCCAAGAUCAGUCGGUUCGUUCGAGACAAGGAGCAGAGUUCAAUGCUCAUUGAGCUCUUGCUGCCUUACCUGUUGAGAGGCAAAAACUCUCAGGAGACGGAAUUGGACAUCCUGGCCACCGUACAGAACUUGCUGCAGCAGUGCGUUCAGCCGUCGGCCUUCCUGCAGCCUCUCACCAAACUCUUCUCCGUCAUUCACAACAAGGAUCCCAGGAAGGCUCUCGCCUGCGUCUUCCAUACGUUGUCCGACAUGGAUCCUUCGCUCAGCUACAUCGCCGACGUGGCCACAAAGCUCAACGCCUUCGACAGUCGCCAUUUGGACGAGGUUCACUUCGACGUCCGCCUGACGGCUUUCCAAGACGCCAUCAAGCGGAUAAGGGAGAUGAAGACCCUCGACCUCAACUACAUCAACACCCUCAUACACAACUGCUUCCACACUUACGAGAUCGAGGACAUGUCGCUCGGCGACAACGCCACCUUGUGUCUGUCGGCCAUAAUCGUCCGGAUAGCAGCAGUCGGCGCCGGAGAGAAGGUCUACAAGGACAUCGUCCAGCACACCAUCUUGGACGCCAUACACAAGGGGCUUCAGAGCAAGAAGGAGAGCGUGCAGCACGAAUACACCAACGUUCUCGCCUGCCUGGUGAAGACCUUCCCCACGAGGAAAGAGUUCCAAGACAUGGUGCAGCUCACCGACUACAACGACCCCGAGUCGGACUUCUUCGAGCACAUGAAGCACAUUCAGAUCCAUCGUCGGGGUCGAGCCCUGAGGAAGUUAGCCAAGCAGCUAACGGAGGGCAGCGUGAUGUUGUCACCGCGUUCCUUGCAGAAUUACAUCAUGCCGUACGCCUUGACGGUGCUGACGGAUGAGAAGUUGCUGCAGCGCGAGAACAUGACGACGGCGUGCGUGGACAUCGUGGCCGCCGUGUGUCGCCGGCUGACCUGGUCCAAGUACUUGUACUACCUGAAGCAUUUCGUUCACGUCCUGCAGACGUCGAAGGUCGAGCAGAAGCUGGCUGUGAACUUGCUGGUCAAAAUCCUCGAGGCGUUCCACUUCGACCGAGAGACUCUCACCCGAGAGAUGGAAGCUGCGAAAGCCAGAGAAGAUGCAACGAUGGACGUCGAGGAAGACGCUGCGGCCGAACCAUCGGUGAAAAGCGGGGGCGACGAAGCCACGGAAAUUGACGAGAAAGCGAAAACCGAGAAACCGCCGGCGCCUCCCAAACCCGUGGCGGUUUCCUGCGGUCUGCCGCAAAGCGCAUCGCAGCUGGAGGUUCUCCUCAGCACCAUCCAGGAGAGCGUCACCAGCAGCGUGUUGCCUCGCCUUCAUAAAUGCCUCAAUGCCAAGGUGAAACGUGACGAUGAGCACAAAGCGGUGAAGUCAAAGCAGGUGAAGGAAGAAGAAGUGGCACGCAUCCCCAUCGCCUUCGCCAUGGUCAAACUCAUGCAGACGCUUCCUCCGCAUAUCCUGGAGUCCAACUUGCCCGGGAUCCUCAUCAAGUUGUGCGUGAUACUGAGGAACCGAUUCCAAGAGGUGCGCGACGUCGCCAGGGCAACGCUGGUGAAGAUCAUCGAGACGCUGGGCUAUCGCUACCUGCGCUACCUCCUCAAGGAGAUGCAGGGGAUCCUCGUUAAAGGCUACCAGGUCCACGUUUUGACAUUUACAGUCUACCAGCUGCUCUUGGCCCUCAGCCCAAGUCUGAAAAGCGGCGACCUGGACCCGUGCAUGGGCAUGCUCAUCAAAAUCUUCAACCACGAGCUGUUCGGCGACGUCGCCGAGGAGAAGGAAGUGAAGGGCAUCGUCUCUAAGCUGAUGGAGGCGCGGCACAGCAAGAGCAUGGACUCCUAUAAGAUUCUGGCCCAGUUCUGCAGCAAGGAGAGCAUCACCAUGAUUGUUCUCCCAUUGAAGGAGAUCCUGGAGGACUCAAAGAGUCUCAAGGUGUCUAACCGUGUGGCGGCGAUUCUGCGGCGCCUGGUUCUGGGUCUCCUGGAAAACGCAGGCAUGGGCGCCUCUGAUAUCCUCCUCCUGAGCCACAGUCUCAUCAGCCAGAGUUUGCCUCUGCUCACCAAGAAAGACAAGGACAAAGCGUCAGCUCGGCCUCCGCCGGACCCUCGCCUGCCCCCUCCUAGCUGCUUACUCCUGCCUCCGACUCCAAAAAGGGGCGGGGUUAAAGCUCCGGUUAGCCGCCGGACCAACAUGCACAUCCUGGUGGAGGCGGGGCUUAAGCUGCUCCAUUUGAGUCUGAAGAAAGCCAAAGUGACAUCGAGCAUGGAGUCGGCCCUUGAGAUGUUGGACCCUUUCGUGACCAUGCUCCUGGAAUGCCUCAACUCCAUGCACGUCAAGGUGAUCACGGAAGCGCUGGUGGCGUUCACGUGGGUGCUGAAGUUCCCUCUGCCCGCCGUGGCGAAGAACACCAAUCAGCUGACCAAGCAGCUUUUUGUCCUGCUGAAGGAUUACUCCAAGGCGGGAGCGGCGCGAGGGGAGAACUACCUCUUGGUCCAGGAAUGCUUCAAGACCAUCACCAUCCUGGUGAAAAAUGUAAACAACAGCAAGAUAUCCGAGGUCCAACUCCAGGUUCUGCUGGGGUACGCCGAGGAGGACAUCUACGACCAAUCUCGGCGAGCGACUGCCUUCGGGCUUCUGAAGGCGCUUCUGUCGCGCAAGCUCAUCGUUCCCGAGAUGCAGCAGCUCAUGAUGAAAGUGGCCCAGCUGUCAAUCAACGGGAGUAACUCCAUGAUCCGAGUCCACUGCAGACAGAUCUAUUUGAAGUAUUUGCUGGAUUACCCCAUUGGGAAGAAGCUGCAGGACCACAUGGACUUCAUCGUGUCCCAGCUGACGUAUGACCACGACACGGGGAGGGAGUCCGCGUUGGAGAUGCUCGCCUUCAUCUUCCAGACUUUCCCUGAGAAAUUACUGACCAAGUUCAACAAGCUCUUCUUCGCCCCACUGGCGCUGGUCGUGGUCAACGACGACUCGACGCGCUGCAAGAAAAUGGCCGCCAUGGCCAUCAAAGCCCUCCUGACCAAGUUGAACGCCAACGAGCGGAACACUCUUUUCUCGCUCGUCAGAAGUUGGCUGGAUGAAGAGAAGGUGAGCCUGAAGCGUCUGGGCGCUCAGCUGUGCGGUUUGUUCGUGGAGGUCGAGGAGGACGAAUUCGCCAAACGUUUGGACAACUUGCUGCCGCUGUUGGUGAAGGAGCUCGACCCCGACAAAUACGAUGACAUUGAAGAGGAGGAGGAUGAGCGAGCAGCAGACAGGCUCCUUUUCACUUAUCUGACGCUUGUCACCAAAUUAAUCCAACACUGCGGCUUCUUGGACCUCACCAAACCGCGUGACACCCUUGUCCAAAUUUGGGGCCACGUCGAAGCCCAUUUGCGCUACCCUCACUGCUGGGUGUGGCUGACCGCCUCGCAGCUUUUCGGCCAGCUCUUCGCCGCCCGCCAGGCCGAGGAGCUGGCGGCGGCGUGGAAAGAGAAGAGAGGCGGGAAAUCGCAGCCUAAAGUAGCCACCACUUUUAUCACAAGCAACUUGGAUAAAAGGAUGAGAGAGCUGGCGUUAUCCUUCUGCCAUCAACUGCAGUCCAAAUUCUUAGACACGGCGUCCGGGGAGCAGGUGAUCAAAAACCUCCUCUUCGUGGGCAAGGUCAUCUAUCUCCUCUCCCCGGAGUCGGACAUCGGCUCCCCUGAGGAGGAAACGGAGGAGGAGGAGAAUGAAGAUGAGGAGGAGGAUGAAGAAGACGACAACAAAGACAACAAACCUCCAUCGCUGCUGUGGCUGAUAAAGAAGCUAUCGCUAAUGGCUAAAAGGGAGGCGGCAAACAAUCCCAAAAUUCCCCUGAAGAGAACCUGUGUUUUUAAAUUCCUGGGAGCAAUCGCAAUGGACCUCGGCAAGGAGCGACUCGGUCCCUAUUUGACCACCAUCAUCGCGCCGCUCUACAGAGAACUGGAGAGCACCUACGCGGAGCAAGACCCGACGCUCAAGAACUUGGCUCAGGAGCUGAUCGAGCUGAUGAAGAAACAAACGGGACUGGAGACGUUCUCGUUGGCGUUCACGGCGGUGCAGAGGCAGUUCGCCGUCAGGCGUACCAAGCGCAAGCGGCAACGAGCUAUGCAGGCUGUGACCAACCCCGACAUCGCAGCUAAGAAGAAACUGAAGAAGCACCUCAAUAAAAUUGAGGCCAAAAAGCGCAAGAUCGAGUUCCUCCGGCCUGGGUAUAAAGCCAAGAAGCACCGUAGCCACGCGCUCAAAGACCUGGCCAUGGUGCAGUGAGUCAAUCACGGAACUUUUUUUUUCGUAAAUACGUUCGGUAAAAUGACAUUUUUCAUCUUUUUUUGUGUGUAUAGCAUUUUUAUAAAUCCUCUUAUAAUUCUAUAAAAACAAAACGGUUUCAACACAAAUGUUAGAAUCACCAAAAGUCUUUACUGAGAAUCAUUUUGACUGUACAAGCAGAUAUAAAUAUGCAACCAUUCAGUUUUAAGCAGUUUUCCAUAAAUUCAUUAUUCUGCAAAACAAUAGGGGGGGGGUAAAUACACA